AAGCGCUUCGGUAGUCCACGCAUGCGCGGUCCGUCUCCCUUUACGGAAGCAGGCAAUGUUUUGGUUUUGAUGCUACGUUGUACACAUGCAUGGCUACGUUGACUGCCACUGUCAUAUCUCUGCGGGGGAUUUUGACAAGGACAUAGAAGAGGUGGUUGAGAGUUCAAAAAAGGCUGGACUAUUGGCCUUAUUAGCAGUAGCCGAGCAUGCUGGGGAAUUUGACAAGAUUAUCGCGUUGUCACAGAGGUUUCCAGGUUUUAUUUUUCCCUGUCUAGGGGUUCACCCUGUUCAGGAAGUUUCUCCAGAGCAACAGAGGGGGGCUUCUCUCCAGGAUCUCGAUGCUGCUCUACCAAUAAUAGAGAAAUACAAAGACCACCUUGUGGCCAUUGGGGAGGUUGGUUUGGAUUUUACACCCAGAUAUGUCAGUGGUGAGACUGACAAAGACAUCCAAAGGCAGGUCCUCAUUCGUCAGGCACAGAUAGCCAAAGAAUUGGAUCUCCCUAUAAAUGUUCAUUCACGGUCUGCAGGGAGACCCACCAUCCAGCUCCUGAAGGAGCAAGGUGUCGAAAAAGCCCUGCUUCAUGCUUUUGAUGGGAAACCGUCAGUUGCUCUGGAGGGAGUGAAGGCUGGAUAUUUCUUUUCCAUCCCACCAUCCAUCAUACGCAGUGAACAGAAGCAGAAACUUGUGAAACAGUUGCCGUUAGAGAACAUCUGUCUAGAAACUGAUUCACCUGCUCUCGGCCCAGAAAAGCAGGUGAGAAAUGAGCCCAAAAACAUCUGUAUCUCUGCAGAGUACAUCAGUAAGAUUAAAGGAGUGUCGCUGCAGGAGGUGAUGGAGGUGACCACACAGAACGCUCUCCGACUCUUCCCAAAGCUAAAAUCUGCUAUCAGACCCUGAUAGAGUCUUAAAAGUUUACUUCAUCAGUCUAGAAUAUCUUGAACUAUAUGUCGAGGUAACUUAAUGUGGAAGUCAGAUUGAACCAUGAUGCCCUGAAGUGUAAAUCAUUAAAAAAAAAAAAAUUGUCAGACAAGGUGUAAAUCAGUGCCGGAGCCACAUAUUAACAACAAAAAACACCAAAAUGUUGGCUCUAUAACUGGGUUUCAGUGCUGAAAGCCAUUUAUUUAUCUCCGUUUAUUCUUUAAUAAAAGAUGAGAUAAUUUAACACACAA